AUGGACAGAGCGGCGCUCCUGGCCCUGCCCAGCUUGUGUGCGCUGUGGGCAGCUGUACUCUCGCUGUUCCCCUGUGGAACCCAGGGCAACUGGAUGUGGCUGGGCAUUGCCUCCUUCGGGGUACCAGAGAAGCUGGGCUGCGCUGGCUUGCCUCUGAACAGCCGCCAGAAGGAGCUGUGCAAGAGGAAACCAUACCUGCUGCCUAGCAUCCGAGAGGGCGCCCGGCUGGGCAUUCAGGAGUGCAGAAGCCAGUUCCGACACGAGCGGUGGAACUGUAUGGUCGCCACCGCCACCUCCGCCCCGCUAGCCACCAGCCCCCUCUUUGGCUACGAGCUGAGUAGCGGUACCAAGGAGACAGCGUUUAUUUACGCCGUUAUGGCUGCAGGCCUGGUGCACUCGGUAACCAGGUCAUGCAGUGCUGGAAACAUGACAGAAUGUUCCUGUGACAGCACUUUGCAAAAUGGUGGCUCUCCAAGUGAAGGCUGGCAUUGGGGGGGAUGCUCUGAUGACGUCCAAUACGGCAUGUGGUUCAGCAGAAAGUUUCUAGAUUUCCCCAUCAGAAACACCACAGGACAAGAAAGCAAAGUGCUCCUAGCCAUGAAUCUACACAACAAUGAAGCAGGAAGGCAGGCUGUCGCCAAGUUAAUGUCUGUGGACUGCCGCUGUCAUGGAGUUUCCGGCUCCUGCGCUGUGAAAACCUGCUGGAAAACUAUGUCCUCUUUUGAAAAGAUUGGGCAUUUUUUAAAGGAUAAAUAUGAAAACAGCAUCCAAAUUUCAGACAAAGCCAAGAGGAAAAUGCGCAGGAGAGAAAAAGGUCAGGCACAGACACCCAUCCAUAAAGACGACCUUCUGUACGUUCAUAAGUCUCCCAACUACUGUGUGGAGAACAAGAAACUGGGAAUUCCUGGGACACAGGGCAGAGAGUGCAACCGUACAUCGGGAGGUGCCGAUGGCUGCAACCUCCUCUGCUGUGGCCGGGGCUACAACACCCACGUGGUCAGGCACGUGGAGAGGUGUGAAUGUAAGUUUAUCUGGUGCUGCUACGUCCGCUGCCGGAGGUGCGAAAGCAUGACCGAUGUCCACACUUGUAAGUAAU